UCAGCUCCAUGGACAGGGACCCAGCCUCUGCUCCCCUAUCAACUUUGCAAAGAGAAGAAGAAAGGUUGGAGUUGAUUUGCACUUGGGGGAUCCUUCCCCCUCCUACACUUCUGAUUCCACCUUUGACUGACUGUAGAAGGUACAGAAGGAAGCCAGAACAUUUCCCCAGAUGUUCCAGCUGUGACUUUACCCGACCCCUUAAUGGGACCAUCUGAGAGGCCAUCCGCUGGCUGGGUACACAAGGAAGCAGAGAUGCGAAUCAGAAUCCUCGGUUCCCAGCCGGAUGAGAUGAGCAGGGGGUGGAGGCUUGGGGAUGGGGGUGCUGCCCAUACGCCCCUGCCCCCAGCCCUGUCUUUCCUCCUCCUCCUGCCUCUGGCAAGCGCCCUUCAGCCCACUCUGCUGCCCUUGCCAGAGUUGAGGCUGGUGGGGGGCCUGAGUCGCUGCCGCGGGCGCCUGGAGGUCCUACACGGUGGCUCCUGGGGCAGUGUCUGUGAUGACGACUGGGAUGUGGUGGAUGCCAAUGUGGUGUGUCGUCAGCUGGGCUGUGGCCUGGCGCUACCUGUGCCGAGACCCCUUGCCUUUGGCCAGGGCAGGGGCCCCAUCCUGCUGGACAACGUGGAAUGCCUCGGGCAGGAGGCUGCACUGAGCGAGUGUGGCAGCCGGGGCUGGGGCAUCCACAACUGCUUCCACUACGAGGAUGUGGCUGUCCUGUGUGACGAAUUCUUGCCCACCCAGCUGCCAACAAGGAGGAUGUUAACCAGCAGAGCGCCCCCUACCACUCCUCAGAAUGGGAAAGGCGAGGGCAGCGUGCGCCUGGUGGGAGGCGCAGGUCCGUGUCAGGGCCGAGUGGAGAUCCUGCACGGCGGCCUGUGGGGCACGGUGUGCGACGAUGACUGGGGGCUGCCGGAUGCCGCCGUGGUCUGCCGCCAGCUGGGCUGUGGGGCGGCCUUGGCCGCCACCACCAACGCCUUCUUUGGCUAUGGCACGGGGCACAUCCUGCUGGACAACGUGCACUGCGAAGGCGGCGAGCCCCGUCUGGCAGCCUGUCUGAGCCUGGGGUGGGGCGUGCACAACUGCGGACACCACGAGGAUGCGGGCGCGCUCUGCGCAGUCCUGGGCCCCCCCACUCUCACAGCACUGCCACCCUCGGCCACAAGAGAGGACGGGUCCUGGCACACAGAGCCAGCAGCUACAGGAGUUGGUGCUCAGCCUUCCGGGGAGACGGCACAGUUCACCACAGCGGCCUGGGCCGCGGGUAAGAAAAGCGGACGGCUGCGGCUGGUGGGCAGCCCGGGCCCAUGCCGCGGCCGCGUGGAGGUGCUGUACGCCGGGGGUUGGGGCACCGUGUGCGACGAUGACUGGGACUUCGCGGACGCGCGCGUGGCCUGCCGCGAGGCAGGAUGCGGACCUGCGCUGGGAGCAACAGGCCUCGGCCACUUCGGCUACGGCCGCGGCCCCAUACUGCUGGACAACGUGGGCUGUGUGGGUACCGAGGCCCGCCUGAGCGACUGCUUCCACCUGGGGUGGGGCCAGCACAAUUGCGGCCACCAUGAGGACGCUGGAGCAUUGUGCGCAGGCCCAGAGGAGCUGGGAUCGCAAGUCCACCAGGACGGUUCUGAGACCACCCGGGUGCCCACUCCUCGGCCCAGGGAUGGGCACCUACGUCUGGCCAGUGGAGCUCACCGAUGCCAGGGUCGAGUGGAGCUCUUCCUAGGGCAGCGGUGGGGCACCAUUUGUGAUGAUGCCUGGGACCUUCGAGCGGCUCGUGUCCUGUGCCGCCAGCUGGGCUGUGGCCAGGCCCUGGCAGCCCCUGGCGAGGCCCACUUUGGCCCAGGCCGAGGCCCCAUCCUCCUGGAUAACGUCAAGUGCCAUGGGGAUGAGAGCACCCUGCUGCUCUGCUCCCACAUCCGCUGGGAUGCCCACAACUGUGACCACAGCGAGGACGCGAGCGUCCUGUGCCAGCUGUCAUGACCCUGCUGGCUCUGCAGACCACCUCUUCUUUGAGAAGCCUAGUUGUCACCUGGUCCUCCUCCUCCAGGAAGCCUUCCUCCUGUGAGUUUUGCAGUUCAAGCAGCCUUGCCUUCCCAGUGUCUGGGAGAGAGGCUGCCCAGGCAGAGUGGUCCUGCAUGGGGACCUGUACCCAUCAACUUUAUUAUGUGACCUCAGCCUUUUGUCAGCUAUUGUGGGCCCUGAACAAUGAACACGCCCAUGCAGCCGAGAUGGAAAAUAGAGGGGGAUGACCCUUAACUCUUCUCUUCCUGGGAGCUCCUAUUCCAGUACUCCUGACCCUACCUACCUGGAUCCCGAUCUGGGUGGCUUAGCAGCUCUCUAAAUGGAGUUCUCCCUUUCUCCUCACCUCUCUUGGGAGCCACAAGAAGAGGUAGGCAGGAGGGUCAUGCAGCCCUUUCCUUAGACUCUCAGGGGCUGCCGAAGAACCAGGGUUGUUGCUUUGUCCUACCCCAUAAGGGGCUGGACUCAGAUGGUGCUCGGCUGGACAAGGGGGCUGGAGGGACCGAAGCAGGGACUGUGGUCCCUCUCUGUAUCUGGAACCAGCAUCUGACUUCUGCUCCCCUGCCACAGGGCCUCCACUUUUCGAUGGCAAAGAAACCUGGGGCCUGUAGCCACCCAUUCAUAGGUGCCAAGUCAAUAAAGCAUUGUCCCCCAUCUUUUAACUGAGCUCACUGUUAUACCAGCAGUGCAUUACUUGUGGCAGGACUCUGGAGGAAACCAGUGUGGCGACAGAGGGCAGCCGCCCAAGAGCAUCCUCCAGAGCUCCUGAAGGGCCGUCACAUCCCGGAAACGCUGACUCACUGUGGCAGUCCACCAGGGCUCCCGAGAAGCCCCUGGGCCAGCUCCUCGCCUCUCGUCUUUUCCAUAUGCAGACGUUGAGAUCCAGCGAAAGGAAGGGGUUUGCUCAAGGUCACCUAGCAAGGUACUGGAGUCACUGGAAGAGACAAAAUUCUUGAGAGGACACAGGAAGGCAGAUGGGAAACAAAGGUGCUGGGGGACAGGCGGAUCCUGCCAGAGCUGCUCUCUUCGCCUCAGGCUGGGUGACUUGCCAAUGUCAUCUGCCCUGUCAGGUGUCAAGUCCUCAAGGCCCUGUCCUUCAGGUCCAGCCUGCAGGCUCUUGCUGCUGUAACAAAUGACCACACAAAUUUGCUGUCUUACAGUUCUCGUUUGACAUGGUCUCCCUGGGCGGAAUUCAAAGUGUUGGCAGUCAGUGGCCUUUCUGGAUGCUUAAGGGGAGAUUACUUCCUGCUUCCCCACUUGUAGAAGCAACCUUUAUUCUUUUUCUUUUUUUUUGGUACCAGGGAUCAAACUCAGGUCCUUGCACUUGCGCAGCAGGUGGCAAAACCACUGAGCUAAAUCCCCGGCCCAGCAACCUUUAUUCUCUUAUAGCUUAUGACCUGUAGCCAGGAAUCACAUCUCUCUUACCUCUGUUUCCAGCAACUUACCUCUUCUUUGACUGUCUCCUUCUUCCUCUUUUUUUUUCUUUUUCCUGAGGUGCUAGGGAUUAAACCCAAGGUUUUUGUACUGAGCUACAUAUCUCCAAACCACUUUUAUUUUUAUUUUUUUAUUUUUUUAUUAUUAUUUUUUGGUACUGGGGAUUGAACUUGGGUCCUUAACC